AUGACAAAGAGGCGAAGGAACAACAGUGGAGCCAAGAAAGGCCGCGGGCACGUGCAGCCUAUCCACUGCACCAACUGUGCCUGGUGUGUGCCCAAGGACAAGGCCAUCAAGAAGUUCGUCAUUCGGAACAUAGUGGAGGCCGCCACCGUCUGGGACAUUUCUGAAGCAAGUGUCUUCGACGCUUAUGUUCUUCCCAAGCUCUAUGUGAAACUGCAUUACUGUGUGAGUUGUGCAAUUCACAGCAAGGUGGUCAGGAAUCGAUCUGGAGAAGCCGGGAAGGACCAAACCCCUCCGCCCAGAUUUAGACCUGCUGGGGCUGCUCCACGACGACCACCAAAAACCAUGUAAAGAAUGGGAUUCUUAAAGACUGAAGAAAAACUGUCUCCUCAGAA